AUGUCCUACGGCUGCUAUUCUGAAAACUUCUCCUCCCGUUCCUGUGGAGAUCACCUGAACUACCCUCACUCCUCCUGUGGCUCCUCCUAUCCCCGGCACCUGGUUCAGAGCACUAGCUUCUACUCUCCCAGAACCUGCCAUCUGGGCUCCUCUCUCCACAGCGGAUGUCAUCAGAACUGCUUCCAACCCAUCAGAUGCCAGACUUCUCAUGUGGUGCACAGUUCCUGCCAGCGUCCCUGCUACACCCCAAGGGUCUCCAGCUUCUGCAGCCCCUGCGGGACCACAUAUGCUGGCUCUCAGGGCUUUGGGUCCAGCAGCUGCCACUCUCUGGGCUAUGGGUCUAGAAGCUCUUACUCACUGAGCUGUGGAUCCAGUGGCUUUAGACCCCAGGGUUUCUCGUCACAGGGCUAUGGAUCUGGAUUCUGCCACCCAUCCUAUGUGCCCUACAGAACCUGCCAGUCUUCUUGUUACAGACCAAGCUGUAGUACUAGAUCUAGAUUCUACUGA